GGAGCUGUUACUGAAGAUCUCUGCAGAAGAUGUGUGAAGUCUGUCCCGGGAUAUCUGCUGCUGUCGGGUCGGUGUUUACCGGGCGGGCGGAGGACGCUUUUCUCAUGUGAAGCUGCAGUUCAGCGUCCAUCAGGCGACAUGAGAGCCGCGAGCCCUGCGCUGUGUGCGGGCAGGAGACGGAGCUUCCCCCGGAACAAGAACCCGGCGGCGGCGGAGGCGCAGCCGCGGGUCCCGGUGCUCCUGCUGCGGGACAUGGACCUGUGUUACCGGCUGCUGCGGCAGCUGGUGCCCGGUCUGCAGGCCGGACGGACCGCCAGCAGGGUGGAGAUCCUGCAGCACGUCAUCGACUAUAUCCUGGACCUGCAGACCGAGCUGGACUCCUCCUGCCCGGCCGGAGCCCGCGGGGAGCAGCGGGAGGAGGAGAGGAGCUGUGACCGGCUACAGCAGCGCCUGCAGCGGCCACACAGCGGCCGGAGCCCCGGGAGCAACUUCCUCACCUGCCAGUCCAACGAUUUCCACAAAAAAGACUCAGAGGACGAAGAGAGACGAACUCUGCUGCACUAAUGAGGAGCAGACGACCGGACUGUUUUAUUUGUCUCGCUGUGGAGACGACUGUGUUUCCUGCAACCAGCUGGAGGAUUUGUUCAUCCUAAAGCAUCAACACGGACGACUCCAACUGUAACAGCUGAUGAGUUGAUGAAGAAGAAACGUCUUCAUUUAGACCUGACGAGACUAAAACAGCACGUUGGGAUUAUUUUUCUUCAUCAGGAUGUUUGUUUUGUUUUGGUGUUUUUUACCUUUUCUGACAGGCGACAGUGAAGAUCGACAGGAAACCAUCAGGGUCUCUACGGUGGUCUUCAUCACAUCAUCAGUGUCCUGAUAAAGACUCAUAAGUGUUAAACUCCUCGAGGAAACGUUGCAGCUAGAAUCUGCUGAGUCAUUGUUCUUACAUCAGUUUAGAGCUGAACGUCGUGACUUCUGCACCUGAGAUUUUAUUUUGACAGACUCCAGCACAGCAGCACUUCCUGCAGAACUGUCAUAAUAAAAGCCAAACAUCAGUGCAUGUAAAUGAAACUCUUCUGCUCGUCUAACAUGACGUCUGACGAUAAAACUGUUUUCAGCUCACAUUUUAAUGUGUAACUUCACCUCCAGGUCUGAGCUUAACACCACCUGCUGGGGGGGACAGGAGCUGCUCAGUGACGUCCGCUGGCCAGAGAAGAAUGAUGAUAAUGAUAAUAAUAAUAAUAAUAAUAAUAAGAUGAAGACAAACAGUGUGACGAUAUUUAAACAAGCCAGAAGUUGUCUUUAAAUGAUCCUGUUUGUGUUUAACUUGCUUUAUUUUCACCCUCUCAAACGGUCAACUCUACGUUAGCAUCGUUCCCGCCUUUUCAGGGCUGAUUUUACAGCAGAUGACACGUUGAGCUGUUUCAAAAUGAAUUUCUCAUGAAAUGCAGAUUUUUAUUAAUUUGGUGUCAGUGUCAAUAUUAACAGUACAGUCAUAUCAUUUAGUUUACAGCUCAAAACACACGUUUUAGUGUGCAGUAGCUCUUCAAAGAUUUGAACGCUGCCACCACAAGAUGAGGAAACAUGCACUACUUUGCCUCUUCAAAGUAAAAGUCUGGAGAAAUGGUGCCUUGUUUGAAAUCUGUAACAUGUUUUUUAAAAUUUUCUAAUGAGGCUUUUUUUGGCCGUUACAGCAGGUGAUUUAUGAUAAUAAAUAAUACAAACAAUAAUAAAACUCAUUCUGCAAAACCAAACACACACUUUUAUUUUGACAGGUAGUAGAAACUUCCUGUUUGUUGUGGCAGAAUCAUCCGUUCCCUCAAUGUUUCCUCAACGUUAGCUGAAUGUUGAUGCAUCUGUUAUUGUUUUGAAAAGCCUGCUGGAAGUGCAGCUGUUUGCUCUUCAGUAAUUUUCCUGCAGACAAACUCUUAUUCUGAAAACACAGCACUUACCUGACCUUUAUUGUGACAGGUCGCAGAAUGCGUUUCCUGUCCUGAUGAAAGUUUUGAUUAUAAAAAGUUUCUGUUCUUACAUUGUCCAGAAAAACUGAACUCUGUUGUAAACUUUACUUUUAUACACUAAAUUAUGUUAAAACAUGAAACUGUCGACUUUUUAAUUUAUCAUUUUAUAAAUUUAUAUUUUACCUCACAUUCAACAUCUCACAUGUUCUUUCAGCUUCAUUGCGAUUUGAAUCUGUGUUUGUACGUUUGACAUUUUUGCAUCAAUGAUUCGAUUUUAGUCUCGAAAACAAAACUGAUUUAAUCCAAAUGGUAUCAAAGAAAAGCUGAAACUGUCUGAAAGCUCCAAAAUAUGAAAUCUUCAGCCUCCCUGUGAAGGACAAUAACUCCAUAAACAGAUAAAUAAUAAACUCUCUGCUUUCUAAGA